UCCACCCGCACAACAGUUCUGUGUUUUUUGACUUCAGCUGCCUGCAUGAACACUCGAGCAGUCGCCCAAAGGCCACAUCGAUGGAAGCCGCCGGCAAGACAGUCGCCAUCUCCAGCUUGCUACUGAAUCUUGCCUUGUUCUUGCCAUGUCUCUCCGCCGCCGUCUCCUCCAACCUGUCCUCCCAUCCAAGCAUGUCCAAAGGACCCAUCCACCACGUCAACCCCUACGUCGAGCGGCACUGCCAGUCCGUGCUCUCCUCCGCCGCGGCGCUCAGGUCCGAUCCUGACAGCGCCGGCGUCCUCAAGUACGAGCUGUCCUUCGUAAAUGGCGACUGGACCCAGGACGCCGUCCAAGCUCCCCUGCUUCGCUCCCAUGGAAUUGGAAGCUACGCCGAUGCCGCGGCGGCUGGUCCUGAUGAAUCUCCCCAAGGUGAAGGGGUUCCCCUUGCGUCCUUCAUGCUCCUGCACAUGGACAUGGACCCGGUGCCGCGGCGAGGAGCUCGAACCGCCUUCCACGCCAGCGGGAUCCUCAGCCUUACCAUCACCCGCCGCAACUGCUGCUGCUCGUCCAUGGAGCCAAGCGCGGCGCGGCAUUUCGAGGAGCUCCGGCCAGGGGUCGCCAGGCUCCUUGUGUGGUUCCAGGGUGUGUACACGGAGACGAAGUCGUCGGCGAGCGGCGGCGGCGGCGAGAGGGUGUACAUGUUUAUUUUUUGA